CCCAUGCGGACCGUCCAAACUUUUCUAGAGACAUACCGGAAGCAGGGACUUUUAAUUUCAAAAUACUUGUUGUCCACGCUUCCUUGAAAAAAAUGGCGGAUAUGGAUGAAUUGUUCGGGAGCGAUGGAGAUAGUGAUAAUGAACAACGAGUAGAGUCUGGCUCGGGGUCAGGAUCAGAUUCCGAGCACGAACGCCCUAGAUCUGUCAGCAAUGGCUCGGGAAGUGAGAGUGAACGUGAACGUGAACGUGAUGAUGACGAUGAUGAAGAAGGCCAAGAUGGUGGGAAGCCCAGUAACAAAGAGCUGUUUGGGGACGACAGCGAAGAUGACCGUGGGAGUCAACACAGUGGCAGUGACAAUCAAUCCGAGAGGUCUGGAAAUCAGUCGGAUGCAAGCAUGCACUCCGAGCAGGAAGACAAUGAGCAGUCGGACGCGGAGCAACACAGUGGGUCGGAGGGUCAUCAUGAUGAGGAUGUCCAGCGUCAUGGGUCAGAUGUAGGCAGCCCGGCAUCAGGGGUAGGGAGCCGCCACUCUGAUAGAGGCAGCCGCCACUCUGAUAGAGGCAGCCGCCACUCUGAUAGAGGCAGUGCAAGCCCCAGGUCAGAGGCCGGAAGGUCAGAGGCCGGAAGCCCACAUUCUGAUGCAGGCAGCCCCCACUCAGACCCAGGAACCCCUCAGUCUGGACUGGGCACCCCACACUCGGACCCAGAGGGCCACUCUGAUGAUGGGAAAUGGGGCAGGGGGAUUAAGAGCGACCAGUCAGAUGAUGAGGAGAAGGCCCAACGCUCGGAUGAAGACCGAGACCACUCCGAUGACGAGGGUCCCGGGAGUCGGCACAAGACAGAGUCUGUGAAGGGCAGCGAUAGUGAGGAUGAUUUCAUUGGACGGAAGAAAAAGAAAAUUGCUUCAGACUCGGAUUCGGAUAGUGAUGCUGGAGGCUCUAAAGGUCCAAAGCCAGCUGCAGAUGACCUGUUUGGGGAGGCCGAUGACAUUUCUUCAGACAGUGAUGCUGAGAAGCCCCCCACGCCUGGACAACCACUGGACAUCGAGGAGGGGAUGGAGGGAGAGCACCCGGAGGAGGAGCCUGUGCCCGAGACCAGGAUCGAGGUGGAGAUCCCCAAAGUCAGCACCGACCUCGGCAGUGACCUGUACUUCGUCAAGCUGCCCAACUUCCUCAGUGUGGAGCCAAGGCCGUUUGAUCCCCAGUACUAUGAAGAUGAGUUUGAAGAUGAGGAGAUGCUGGAUGAGGAGGGUAGGACACGCCUCAAACUGAAGGUGGAAAACACAAUCCGGUGGAGAUCCCGCAAAGAUGAAGAGGGCAAUGAGACUCGAGAGAGCAACGCUCGCAUUGUGAAGUGGUCUGACGGCAGUAUGUCACUCCAUCUGGGAAAUGAGGUGUUUGAUGUCUACAAGGCCCCACUUCAGGGAGACCACAACCAUCUGUUCAUCAGACAGGGCACCGGUCUGCAAGGUCAAGCCGUGUUCAAGACUAAACUGACCUUCAGGCCUCACUCCACAGACAGCGCCACGCACAGGAAGAUGACGCUCUCUCUGGCUGACCGUUGCUCCAAGACGCAGAAGAUCCGCAUCCUGCCCAUGGCCGGCCGUGACCCCGAGUCUCAGAGGAACGAGAUGAUCAAGAAAGAAGAGGAGCGUCUGCGGGCCUCCAUCCGCCGUGAGUCCCAGCAGCGCCGCAUGCGGGAGAAGCAGCACCAGCGCGGCCUGAGCGCCGGCUACCUGGAGCCCGACCGCUACGACGAGGACGAGGAGGGAGAGGAGGCCAUCAGCCUGUCCGCCAUCAAGAGCAAGUACAAGACCGGAGGACUGAGAGAGGAGCGAGCCAGAAUCUACUCGUCCGACAGCGAUGAGGGCUCAGACGAGGACAAGGCACAGCGACUGAUGAAGGCCAAGAAACUGGACAGCGAUGACGAGGGAGAGAACUCAGCCGGCAAAAGGAAAGCAGACGAUGACGAUGACGAGUCCUCCUCCCCCAAGAAGGCAAAGAAAUAUGUCAUCAGUGAUGAAGAGGAAGAGGAUGAUGAUGAGUGAUUUUUCUUUUCACUCAUUUCUUUUUUUUAAUGUUUUUUUUUAUUGUUUUGUCUGUGUGUUUGACAUAGUAUCAUGGCGUGUCCAUUUGUACAUUUUCUAAUGGAACUGUUCAGCCGUAAAGAGGAAUAAAGGCAGUACAGAGUAAACAAA